AUGCCUGUGGACAUGGCCAUCAGGAUCUGCCUCGCAAGCUCUCCUCCUCUUCGCUCCUUCCUCAGUAACCAUGACUGUCAGUACGCGCCAGCGGCUGCGGGGCCGAGCUGCCGCCCGCUGCGACCGUGCCUGUCCUCAGGAUGCUGCGACUCCGUCUCCAUGGAGACGCCCACCUCUGCGCCAAGGAAGAGCCCAAGGAAGAGCGUGGCGUUCGCGGACUCCCAGGGUCUGGCGCUCACCACCGUCUACGUCUUUACCGAAGACGACCCGUUGGCUGAGCUGCAGUUCCACCUGACAGAGCUGGAGGGCGCACUGGACCUGGAGGUCAAAGACUCAACAGAAUCGGGUUCAGGCCUGGUUCUGGAUUUCACGCCACCAGCUACAGACUAUCUGGACCUGAGGAACCGGCUCAAAGCCCAGCAGGUGUGUCUAGAGACCUGUUCGGUGCAAGACCACCUUCUCUCUGGUACCGUCCAGGUCCGGAACAUCUUCUUUGAGAAGUCCGUCUCAGUUCGGAUCACGUUCGAUUCCUGGAGCUCGUUCCAGGAUGUCCGGUGCCGGUACCUGAACAACGUCUACGGCUGCCCUGACAUCGACACCUUCACCUUCGCCGUCCCCCUCCCUCCGGACCUGGUUCCGUCCAGCCGAGUAGAGUUCUGCAUCUGGUACCAGACAAAAGACCAGGUCCACUGGGACAACAACCUGGGAAACAACUACCGGCUGGCGAUGGCGGACCCGACUGGCCGUCCAGACCAGGCCUCUGGCAGGAGCCCAGGGUGGGAUGUUCCGAGGGACUGCGGCAGACAGAAGACGGACAAAAUGGACUUUGACCCGUUUGGAAGUCCCAGAACUUCGUCGGGUAUCUUCCCUGAGUGGCAGAGCUGGGGCCGGGUGGAGACCGGUGCCCCCUACUGGUGA